AGACCGGUACGGUGUGUGACUUGUUUACUGUAGAGUCUUUAAAAACAAGACAAAUGUCCCGUAUUAAAUGAUUUCUUAAAAAAUAUAUUUGUAAAGCAUUUUGAAUUAGCUGAAUAAUUUUCUUAAUACAAUCAUUAGUAAUGUCUGUGAAUUUUAGUUCCUGUUGGAGCUAGAAUUUGACAAGUACUGGACAAUGCUCAUAGAUGAACAAAGAUUUAUUUUAGAUUACAUAAAUGUUCAUAAAUGAACAUAAAUGGAAUGUUGAUAAGUUCUAUUUCAAACAAAUUACUGAAAAAAUUCAGAAAUGGAGACAGAUCAUGUGCUUCAAGACAGAAAUAGCCUUAAUGGUAGUUUUGGACUUAAUAGUACUGGUCCAAGACCUAAGUUCGAGCCUAUGCGUGUGAAGGCUCUUCGUGAACUUUGGGAAAGCGAUGACGAGGAUAGUGAAGAUAAAGAAAGUGUUUCUAACAGUGAAUCUGAGGGCGAUGAUGUCCAACCUUCAUCUAUAAAUAAUUUUGUUGGUGCUACGGUUGACAAAUUGCCUGAAUAUGAAGAAGAUGCAAGAUGUCAAAAAAAUAAUUUAUGUUUACAAGAAGGUAUCAUGCAGUUGGAUUUAAAUUCUUAUGUUAAAAGUGAAUUAGAAAAUUCUCCGCAAGAUAUAGAACCAAAACAUUCUUUUCUUAAAAGUACAUCAUGUAAUGAGUUAUAUGUAAAAUCCACAUCAACAAAAUCUAAAGCAUUCCAAGACCAUUUACAAGAAUCUAAAGUAGAUUUGAAAUUAGAAUCAGAAAAUUCUUCACAUGAAAGCAUAGUUAAUGAUGGAAUCCAUGGUCAAUCUAAAUCUCUUACUUGUACUAUAUUUCCACAACGAAAAGUAAGUGGUAGUGCAUCUUCUUCCGUAAAUAGUGCAAAUGUAUGUUCAUCACUUUUCUACAAUAAAAAAGAGAACUUGAAGACUGAUGCAGAAUUGCCAUUAGCUUCAACUGAUUGUGUGCAAUCUAGUGUUUAUAAAAGCUCCUUUGACAAACAUAAUAAUCAUCAAACAUCUCAUGAGAAACAUAUAUUUCAAUCUGUAUCCAAUUCAAAUUUAGAAAAUGAUACAGAAAAACACUCAAAACAUCAAAGUGAAUUCUGUACUAUAUCGAAAUAUGAAACACCUGGCUCUAAAAUAUCUCGCUCAAUUGGGUAUAAUCGAAACUAUAUCGAAACAGGAAAUUCUACAAAUAAACAGUCAUACGCUGUUACUGAAACACCAGUAAAACAUCCUUCAUCAAAUGUUAAUCAUCCAGUACCUUGUUCUUCUCAUCGUAACAUAUUUCAAACACCUCAAGCCAAAUCCAAUACUGACAUCUCUAAAAACCAUGUACAAACUCCAGCUACAAUAUUUUCCCAUUGGUCUCAAAAAAGUAUGCUACAGACUCCAAUACAAAAUACUGUUUUAAAAAAGAGAGAAGCAGUUCCAGUUACUGAACAGUCUAUCUCUUCCACCCAAAGUACAAAAUUAAAAUUACCCAGGUAUGUUACCUCAAGUGAAAAACGUAGUAGACAACCUUUAGCAGAAACUAUUCAAUCAACCCUAAAUUCAACUAAAGACAAAGUUCCAUCUACUUUUGACUCUGGAAUAGUUGCACCACAUAAUAUUCAAAUACCAAAACCUCAAAGGCCUACAGAUUCACAAGGUGUUUCUUUAGUAAAAGAAUCAUCAUAUACAGGGAGUCUCGGUCAAAAGGUUACUGAUGUAAUGGAACAACAACCAAUCCAAGCUGUGAUUAAUAAUAAUAAGGAACAAAAAGAAAAUAAACAACCAAAAAUUCAACAAAAUAUUCUGGAACAUGCAAAUAUAAUUCCUGAUCGAUUAUUGGAUUUACGAAGUUCAAAUGCAAUGGAAAAGGAAUUGAAACAUUGCAAUAAGAACUAUAAUACUAAUAUAUCUUCUGAAUAUGAAGGAUUUAAGAACGAUAAUUCUCCUUUAAAUAAUCCAAACUAUAUAAAAAAUCCAUCCAAAGUAGAAAAUGUUGAAGCUAAUACAUCUGUGGUACAGUAUUCAUUACCAUCUACAGUACAUACACCAAUGCAAGACAAGACAAUAUCGGUUAAAGGUAUCGAUUACUUAAUUUUGGGCACACUCGGACGUGGAAUGAGUGGUGAAGUACUACGAGUGCAAGAUUUAUCUUGUGGUGAAUUACGAGCCAUUAAAUGUGUCAAUCUAAAUUGCAUGGAGAAAGAGGCCGCACAAGGUUGUUUAGAAGAAAUAAAUAUGUUACAUAAAUUACAAGCACCUUGUGUUGUUAAGAUGUUCAAUUAUGAAGUGAAAUCACCGUUAGUACAUGUUGUCAUGGAAAUGGGUGAUACAGAUCUCAGUAAACUUCUUAAAUCGAUUAGACAAGAGAAGCAACUCCCACUUACGAUGAUACUUUAUUAUUGGACAGAGAUGUUAACGGCUGUCAAACAUAUACAUGAUAAUGGUGUAAUCCAUUCAGAUCUAAAACCAGCUAAUUUCCUUUUGGUUCGUGGGCGGUUGAAAUUAAUAGACUUUGGUAUUGCUUCAAGCAUAAAUUCUGACAUGACGUCAGUAGUGAAACAUAAUACGAUUGGUACAUUAAAUUAUAUCAGUCCUGAAGCACUCAUGGACAUAGGUGGCAGUGGAGACUCCCCAACUCAUAAUGUAAAAUACAAGAUAACUUUCAAGUCCGAUGUAUGGUCUCUAGGCUGUAUAUUGUACAGUUUGGUCUAUGGAUGUACACCGUUUUUUAACAUUCGCUCACAUUGGGCCAAAGUCAAUGCAAUAACAAACCCUAAGCAGAAAAUACAAUUUCCUUCGACAUCAACAACAAAUGGAGAAAAUACGGAACCUUUACCUUACAUUUUGAUUGAUGUAAUGCGUAAGUGUCUUCAACAUGAUCCAAAAGCUAGACCAACUGUCACUCAGCUAUUACAAGUCUCAUAUGUAUCGGGUAUAUCCAAACGGAUAUCAGCUACUCCAGAAAUUCCAUCAAACAUUCUUAUUAAAAUAAAACAUGCAUUGUCUAAUGAAGAAUGGCGAGAAUUAACACAGAUACUAGAAAAAGGACGGCAUACUGAAUGAUUUUAUAUCUUUUUCGUGGCCAACUUGUACAUAGGUUGUACAUUUAACUAAAGGAAAUGUGAUUAUAGUAACGAGUGUGUAUAAAAAUCUUAUCUGCGAUAAUUAUAACAUAGUAAUUAAGGUGAUCGGAUACUGUAAUGGCUUAAAAAAGAUAUUUUUUGAGGUACUAUAUGAAGGGAAACUAAAUUUUUUAUAUGCAUCCAUCUGUCAUAUAAAAAUACAUGGUUACAGAAAUAUUCCGUCUAAAAAUCUUUAAUAAAAGCAGACAUGAAGGUAAUAGUGCAUCUUUUAUUUAAGAGAUUAUCGGCAAGUAAGGCUUUUAAGUCUGAGUUUAUGUGAAAUUGAAACAUUAAACACUUUAAAAAAAUA